AUGGCAGAGAAGUGGCAGCCGCAGUGUGGCGUCGAGUUAGAGCCGAAUCAGUUUUACUGCUCGGUAUGUCUGGACCUGCUCAAAGAUCCCGUCACCAUCCAGUGUGGACACACUUACUGCAGAAGCUGUAUCGAGGGAUGCUGGGACCAGGAAAAAGAGAAGGGAACGUACAGCUGUCCUCAGUAUCAGCAGAGAGUCCUUCAGAGAUCAAAGCAUGUUUUGGAGAUUGAAGAUUGUAGUGUUGUGUUUACUGUCCGAGAAAGUCUGGAAAAUUCUACCUCCUCUCACUUCAUGACCCCCACUUCCAAUCCAGCAGAGACUCCUGAGCACAUUCCUGCCUCAUCUCUUCUGCCAAGCGAUGACGGAGAGGAGGUGGUGAGGGCCAUACAGGAACCAUGUGACAGGCUUCUCCAAGGGAUAGAUACACCUGAUGAAGAUACAGCAAGAGGAGCCACUGCCAGAGCUCCUGGAGGCAGAGUCCACAUGGAGGUUAUUCAGGGACUAAUCGAGAGCCAACAGGUGGAUGCUUUGGUGUCUCCUAUGGUUGGCCAUAAUCCUCACUCUACCCGUGUUGGAAAUGCUUUAUUUGCAGUAGCUGGACGCCAGCUGACCACAAGGUUUAGAAAGGAAACAGACGAUGAAACAAUGCCUGGUGACUCAGUACUGCUGGAGGGCUUACCUGGACUUCAGUCUAGUGCAGUCUUCUUCCUCAAUCUUGUUCCCUGGAAUGGUGACCCAGACGGCGUGCCAGUCCAG